AUGGACGGCUAUCCAAGCUACCAGAAUGUGAUGUAUAAAGAUGGGGAAUUCAAGAAGUUGUGCCGUAAAGUUACAGAAAACAUUGGGAAAAUUUCUCAAAAUGCGACUGAAAUGCAAAAAAUGAUCGCCCAACUCGGAUCAACGCAAGAUUCAGAAGCGUUUAAAUCAGAGCUACACAAUCUUCAGCAUUAUACGAAGAUGCUUUCUACCGACACGAAAGAUAAAUUGAAAGAGCUACGUCAAAUCCUUCCUGAGAUAUCACCAUCGGAACAAAAAUUCCAGAGGCUGAUGCUGGACAGAUUAACAAAUGACUUCACAGCUGCGUUAAACCAGUUUCAAAAUCUUCAGAAAGCGGAGGCAGAGAAAGAAAAGCAACAAGUCAAAAGAGCGCGGAAUAAGUCAAUGGGUAUUCUUCCGCCUCCUUCAUCUUCCGCAACAGCAUCACUCAUUCCCCUCGAGCCGCAACCUCAAUACCAGCGUCAGAUGUUUGCCGAGGAAGAUGAUGACUUGUUGCAGCUACAGGACCGAGAAGCUGCAAUCAACCGCUUGGAAGAAGAUAUUCGAGACGUGAAUGAAAUAUUCAAGGACUUGGCGACGCUAGUUCACACCCAAGGGGAAAUUGUGGAUAGUAUCGAAGCUUCGGUGGAAACCGCUUAUAUCCAAGUUGAUGAAGGUGUUCAACAGCUUCGGAAAGCCAAUCAGCAUCAGACUUCGGCCAGAAAGAAGAAGCUGAUUUUGAUUUCCAUCGCCAUUGGAAUCUUGGUGACCAUGGGUCUCGUCAUCUACUUGUCUUCUUGAAUUUUUUUUUAGCUGUUCCCGGGAAUUUGAGCGUUUAUCGAUUGCAACUUGAGUGUGUGGAGAAAGGUUGUCUUUUUCUUCCAGGGAUUUGGAUGAAUUGCAUGAGUAUUAUUCUACCGUAGGCGAAGUGGCUUUCAGUGUUAUGACGAGCCCGAAAUUUCCCUGGUCUUUGGAUCAUAAGUAAUUACCAAAGCAGCUGUUCCUGAUUCGGGUGAACGUGACUCCGGGGCGAAAAUGCAAGCGGCGUAUUUUUCAAAAA